AUGUCAACCACACGCGCAGCUGACAAUGACCUUGCCGGGCGAUGGCACGCAAAGCGACGCAAACUCCGCAAAGGCACCCACAGCUGCUGGGCUUGCAAACGACGAAAAGAAAAAUGCGUCUACGAAGCUCAUGUGCGACCGGAUACCUGCAUCAAUUGUCAACGGCGUGGAGCAGAAUGUAUCAGCCAAGAAUUCGACAUGGAUGACACGGACCGCCGUGGCGCCACGCUGGUCUCUAGUGAAUACAACAAUGACCCCAAAUCAACGGCUUCCACCUCCUCUGUUGUCGUCGAAAAUACCAAUCAUCAUAGUAGCUUGCGACAAGAAGCCACAUUGGGGGAGAAAAAUGCACGGCUAGGCGCCCAUCCCAGCUUUCCCAGCCUUCCGACUGUCUCCAUACCCGAAAAUGCUAGUACAGGCGUGAACAAGUUUUCCCAGCUGAAUCGCGCUCUUUGGGAGGCAUUGCCCUCCCGAAAAGAUCGUGAGAUCAUCGUCACUGCUUCGGACCGAGUCUUCAGCGUCUUCGUCGGAUCGCUGACGAUAUCACAUGAGAGGAUGAGAGAAGGCAAUCCGGUCUCACCGGAGAGUCUACUGCAUCCACCGCAGCUACCAACGCAUCCGGUCUUGACUGCGAGAUACAUGUUGCACCUGGCCAGUCUGCUGCACCAUCUUCGCCCGGAUACCAAUCCCGGGAUGAAGCAGCUUUCCGAACCACCUCGAGUGAUUAUGGCGCGUAUCUUCGACGCUGCCACCAGGCUUGUCACCAUUCAAGACCGCCUUUUGGCCAGCGUGGAAGGUGUUGAGUGCGCAAUGCUUGAGUCAAUGCACAAGGCAAAUCUCGGCGAGUUCAGACCAAGCUGGAAGGCAAACCGACGGGCGAUGCUACUGGCGCAGUCACUAGGGCUUCAUCGGUCGAAGUACAGAACGAUGCCAAAUCAGCUCGACCCCGACUCCAAAGCCGAACCACGGUUAAUGUGGUUCCGCAUAGUGUACUAUGAUCGUCAGCUCUCGCUUUUGCUUGGCCUCCCCCAGGGCAGCACAGAUCGGAGCAUGGCGACCGAGGCUGCCCUGGCUUCUGACACGCCUUCCGGUCGUCUAGAGCGAAUGCAAUGUGUCCUGACCGGAAAGAUCUUGGAAAACGUCGAAUCCGAGGAACGCGCGAUCGAUUUCGCUCUUACGCAAAGUCUGGACAAGGAACUCCAGAAAGCUGCUGCCGGUGUGCCCAGCCGGUGGUGGCUGACGCCGAAUCUAGAAGACUCGUCCCACGACGCACUGGCUCUUUUCUUGGAUGACCGACGCCUAUCCACCCAAAUGUCUCAUUUCAAUCUUCUCAAUAAGCUGCACUUGCCGUACAUGCUUCUCUCGUCGACCGAGUACGAAUAUCAGUAUUCCAAGAUUGCCUGCGUCAACGCUUCCCGCGAGGUUCUUUCGCGCUUCGUCGCCCUGCGGCGCUUCAGUCAGAUCACGUUCACCUGCCGAAUCGCCGACUUCAUGGCCCUCAUGGCCGCCAUGACCCUUCUCCUGGCUCAUCUAGAUAGUCAUCGCCGGCCUUCACAAGCAGACAACCUUCUCGCUCACUCGUAUCUCAGCGACCGUGCCAUGAUCGAACAGGCGCGGGACAACAUGGAAGAAGCGAAUCGGCUUACUGCAGAUCCACUGAGUGCCAGAGGCGCGGAAGUUCUCGCUCGGCUGCUAGCAAUCGAAGCCGAAGCAGCCAGCGGCCAUACAGUGCGGGCCGAAAGCGUACGCGUACAGACCGCCGAUGCUCAGAGCUCACAGCAGGAGAAAGGUGAAGAGACCGUGGCUACUUCAAGCGCGUACAUCCCUUACUUUGGCAUCAUCAUGUUUCCACGCGAGGCUAUGAACCGCAUCGGCCAGCAGAGCGGCGACCCACUGCAUGAUCCGGCGCCGCCCGACUCUGCUGAGCCUGGUCACACGGAAGUCUUCCAACACCAACGAAUUCACCAGCCAUCCUCUUCGGCUCCGGUGAUAUAUCCUGGGGACUCAAAAUCGAUCGUAGACCCGGCGGUGCUGGUCCCCCACAAUGGCGGGUGUGAACGACCUGAAUCAGUCCGCGUCACCGCCACUAGGAAGCUUCGGUGA